AUGGAAAGAAUGAAUAUGUAUUUGGAAAACUUUAUACAAGAAAAGAAAUUAGAUGAUAAUGGAUAUUCGCCAUUUCAUGAUUAUUUUGGAUUGAGUACUCACGUAAGCGGACAUCAUUCUCCUGGCAACUCGUCAACUUAUUCCAGUUCGCCUCAGUCUUUAUCACCUUUCAACGAUGUUGCUCCAAAUUAUUUAGGAUUUGGAAAUUUUCCUACACCAGGUCCAGUCACAGAUCCGCUGGAAGAAUUACGAUGUGAUGCUCAAAAUGAUUUUCUGAAAAAUGGAAUCGAAUGUGAUUUGGAUGAAUGGGACAAAUGUCAGGCAAGAUUACGAGGCCAUAAUUUAACUGAUCGAGUACCACUUACAGUCGAGUUUGAGGGGAACGACAAGGUUUUCGAGUAUUUGUUGGUCAAGGAAAGAAAGAGGGCAAAGAGCAUGAAACCAUCUAAAUCAGGACAAACUGAUUUUCUAAUUUUUUAA